GCCGCCGCCCGCCCCGUCCGGACCCGCCGCGACCCGCAGCGCCGCCGCCCGCCCCGUCCGGACCCGUCCCGCCCCGCCGCCGGGAUGUCGCGGCCGCUCUCGGACCAGGAGAAGCGGAAGCAGAUCAGCAUCCGCGGCAUCGUGGGCGCCGAGAACGUGGCCGAGCUGAAGAAGGGCUUCAACCGGCACCUCCACUUCACCCUGGUCAAGGACCGCAACGUGGCCACCCCCCGCGACUACUACUUCGCCCUGGCGCACACCGUGCGCGACCACCUCGUGGGCCGCUGGAUCCGCACGCAGCAGCACUACUACGAGCGGGACCCCAAGAGGAUUUACUACCUCUCGCUGGAGUUUUACAUGGGCCGCACGCUGCAGAACACCAUGGUCAACCUGGGCCUGCAGAACGCCUGCGACGAGGCCGUGUACCAGCUCGGGCUGGACAUGGAAGAGCUGGAGGAGAUCGAGGAGGACGCGGGACUCGGCAACGGCGGUCUCGGGAGACUCGCCGCCUGCUUCCUCGACUCCAUGGCCACGCUGGGGCUGGCGGCCUACGGCUACGGCAUCCGCUACGAGUACGGCAUCUUCAACCAGAAGAUCCGGGACGGCUGGCAGGUGGAGGAGGCCGACGACUGGCUGCGGCACGGCAACCCCUGGGAGAAAGCGCGUCCCGAGUACAUGCUGCCCGUGCACUUCUACGGCAGGGUGGAGCACGGCCCCGGCGGCGCCAAGUGGGUCGACACGCAGGUGGUGCUGGCUCUGCCCUACGACACCCCCGUGCCCGGGUACAUGAACAACACCGUCAACACGAUGCGGCUGUGGUCGGCGCGGGCGCCCAACGACUUCAACCUCCGCGACUUCAACGUCGGAGAUUACAUCCAGGCCGUGCUGGACAGGAACCUGGCGGAAAACAUCUCGCGCGUGCUCUACCCCAACGACAACUUCUUCGAGGGCAAGGAGCUGCGGCUGAAGCAGGAGUACUUCGUGGUGGCUGCCACCCUCCAGGACAUCAUCCGCCGCUUCAAAGCCUCCAAAUUCGGGAGCACGGAGAGCGUCCGGACCGUCUUCGAUUCCUUCCCUGAGCAGGUCGCCAUCCAGCUCAACGACACGCACCCCGCCAUGGCGAUCCCAGAGCUCAUGAGGAUUUUUGUGGAUAUUGAAAAGCUGCCUUGGAACAAGGCCUGGGACAUCACCAAGCAGACGUUCGCCUACACGAACCACACGGUGCUUCCCGAAGCCCUGGAGCGCUGGCCGGUGGACCUGAUGGAGAAGCUGCUCCCCAGACACCUGCAGAUCAUCUACGAGAUCAACCAGCGGCACCUGGACCGCAUCGUGGCCCUCUUCCCCAACGACGUCGAGCGGCUGCGGAGGAUGUCCCUCAUAGAGGAAGGAGGCACCAAGAGGAUCAACAUGGCCCAUCUCUGCAUCGUCGGCUCCCACGCCGUCAAUGGCGUGGCCAAGAUCCACUCAGAAAUAGUCAAGACCCAAGUCUUCAAGGACUUUGCUGAGCUGGAGCCAGAGAAGUUUCAGAACAAGACCAACGGCAUCACCCCGCGGCGCUGGCUGCUGCUCUGCAACCCGGGGCUGGCAGAGCUCAUCGCGGAGAAAAUAGGGGAGGACUACGUGAAGGACCUGAGCCAGCUCACCAAGCUGCACGCGUUUGUGAACGACGACGUCUUCAUCCGGGAGGUGUCCAAAGUGAAGCAGGAGAACAAGGUGAAGUUCGCGCUCUUCCUCGAGAAGGAGUACAAGGUGAAGAUCAACCCCUCGUCCAUGUUCGACGUGCACGUCAAGCGGAUCCACGAGUACAAGCGGCAGCUGAUGAACUGCCUGCACAUCAUCACCAUGUACAACCGCAUCCGGAGGGACCCUGCGAAGCUCUUUGUGCCCAGGACAGUCAUCAUUGGAGGCAAAGCUGCCCCAGGCUAUUACAUGGCUAAGAUGAUCAUCAGGCUCAUUAACGCUGUGGCACACGUGGUGAACAACGACCCUGUGGUGGGAAGCAAGCUGAAGGUCAUCUUCUUGGAGAACUACAGAGUCUCGCUGGCAGAGAAAGUGAUUCCUGCCACAGACCUGUCCGAGCAGAUCUCCACGGCGGGCACCGAAGCGUCGGGUACGGGCAACAUGAAAUUCAUGCUCAACGGGGCGCUCACCAUUGGCACCAUGGACGGAGCCAACGUGGAAAUGGCCGAGGAGGCCGGAGAGGAGAACUUGUUCAUCUUCGGCAUGAGGGUGGAGGACGUCGCGGAGCUGGACCGCAAGGGGUACAACGCCCAGGAGUACUACGAGAAGCUCCCCGAGCUCAAGCAGGCCAUCGACCAGAUCAAGAGCGGCUUCUUCUCGCCCAAGGAGCCCGAGCUCUUCAGAGACGUGGUGAACAUGCUGUUCCACCACGACCGGUUUAAAGUUUUUGCGGAUUACGAGGCUUACGUCAAAUGCCAGGAGAAGGUCAGCGAGCUCUACGUGGACGCCAAGGAGUGGACCAGGACGGUCAUCAGGAACAUCGCCUCCUCGGGCAAGUUCUCCAGCGACAGGACCAUCAAGGAGUACGCCCGGGACAUCUGGGGCGUGGAGCCGUCGGACCUGAAGAUCCCGCCGCCCAACGCGCCCCGCGACGGCGCCGAGGACCAGGCCGCCGCGUAGCCCCCGGCCGCUCUCCUGUCGCCGCCGGCUUUUCUAAGGGGGGGGGGGGGAUUUUUCUUUUUUUUUCUCUUUUUUUUUUGUUCUUUUUUUAUUAACUCGCACGGGGCACAGAAAGCGAAACCGUUCCAACGCCCGGCUCGCGGCCAGCCCCAGCUCGUGGUGGGCCGGACGGGAGCAACCCGCAGCGGCACCCCCGAGGCAGCAGGUGGGUUGGAAAGUCUCGCGAUAGGUUUUUUUUUUCCCCCCCCCCCCCUUUUUUUUUUAUUACAUCCGGAGGAGGUUCUGCGCCGCGGCGAGUGCUGGGGGGAGGCGGCGCGUUCGCUCUGCCCGUGGCGUCACUCGAUGUUCAAGAAGUCUCUGCAACAAGACGGAAUAAACCUAACGCUUGCUCACCGCC